CCCCCACACCCACCACGCCAUGAACUGCGCAGACGAAGCCUCCGAAGACGACCACCACACCCACUCCCACUCCCAUUCACACACACAUCCGCACGGCGACCCCCCCGUCGCCACCACCGUCGCCCAGUCCCUCAACCACCGCAUCGACACCCCCCGCCUCGCCGCCUACAACCUCCGCAACCCCCAGCACGAGCUCCCGCGCCUCUUCAAGACCCAGGCCGCCCGCCUCGAGACCACCCCCGUCUUCCGCUCCCACUUCGGCCCAGAGCUCCUCAUCACCAUCCCCUUCACGGGCCCCGUCAAGCUCUUCUCCCUCCUCGUGCGCGCCGCCCCAGACGCCCCCCACGCCCCGCACACCCUCCGGCUCUACCGCAACGCCCCGCAGCUCUCCCUUGACUCCGUCCGCGCCGCCCGCCCCACCUAUGUGUGCGAGCACCCGGCGGCCGCCAGCGCCGCCGCCAGCGCCGCCGAUUCCGCUGCUGACACCGCCGGCUUUGUCGAGCACCACCUCCCGCGCCGCAAGUUCGCCGGCACAUCCACCCUCACCAUCUUCUUCGACCCGGGCCCCGCCGCCGACCCCGACGCCGGCCCGGCACUCGAGCUCUACGCGCUCGAGCUCCGCGGCGACUGGGCCGGCCCGGCCACGCGCGCGCCCGUGGCGCUGCUCUACGAGUCCGCCGCCCGCCGUGAAGACCACCCGGUCGGUCAGACCGCCGACGCCGCCGCCAGCUCCAGCCGGCUCGGCCUCUGAGCAGACGCCGCCCGGACGGCGCAAUGCGCUCGCGAAACCGCCGGCGCUCGAUCGUCCCUGUUUGUAGACCCC